AAGGCGCGACGGAGGUGAUUUUAGUGGAAAGGCCGCCAAAUUGUAUUCUAUUCUAUUAUUAAAAAAAAAAAAGAGAGAGAGAGAAAAAGGAAAUGGAGGGUGGUGGAGGAAAGGAAAGCGAUGAUCAACUGAUCCACCUACUACUGGGGACAACCGGGGAUGAGAGAAAAGAGGAGGAGAUACAUCAGGUGCCUUGCUGCAUCAAGUAUAAUGGACCUUCCCCUGUUUCUCAUUACUUUAAACCUAAAUCCAUUGGUAUCGAGGUGGAUGGGUUAGAUGUAAUGGAGGCUUAUUUCAGAGGAAGGAAAUUACAAGGCACUACCAUGUCCCUACAUAACGGUUAUUCCGGAUUUGUCAUAGGAAAGAACACGUCUGCAAAGAGAAAAACUUGUGAUACUAAUGCUUGGAAGAUGAAAGCAAAGUUUCAAAAUAUUACAUUAUGGAAUCAUGAUGAUCUUCCAUCAAAAGAAGAUCCUUUCUUGCGUGCGUUUCAUUGGUUUGAUGUUGCCAAAGCAUUGCAUAAACCAGUGACUGCUGAAGAUAUAGAGUCUGCAGUCAACCCUGGAGCCACUACAACAGGCUGAUCAGCUGAUAGAUUUCUUUCUUUUGCCCAGAAAAUAUGUACUAUUCUAAGUUGAAUUUUCUAUUUAGUUAAAACAUUGUGCCAAGUUAUUUGCACACGCCACUUCCCAUUAUCCUAUGCACACACAAGUAUGCGUUACAUACACCUGUACAGAACUGAUCCAACAAGUACCGAAAAGGAACCACACAUUUGAAAAUAUUGGAACGUCGAAUAAAAAACUUAAAAAGGGCAA